AUGCUUGACAAGCAGAUGGAGUUUCGAAGGUCGCAAGGAGAGAUCAGGACCGUGAAACUGCCCAGAGCCCACACAAAUAUAGGCCCGUUUCCUGGUUGCAAGAGGAAUGCGCAACUCUCUCCUCGCAAGAGCGCUGCGGUAUGUUUCCUGGAGCAGCGCCUCCUGAGGGCAGACAGCGACAGCAAGAUACAGACCAUGCGCGAUAGUCUUUAUGAUGGUGUAAGCGGCACCGGCGAAGGGCGAUACAAGUAUUUGAAGCAUCGAGCAAAAACCAGCAUCCAGUCGCGGUAUGGAGAUGAGCCUACGACAACAUCGCAGGAGUAUGGCUGGAGCCGGCCGACAGGUGAAUAUCGAGCAUCUCCGUAUUGUCACAAGCCUGGCGUGGUAGAUGCCUUCAAUCGGCCAAGUGGAGUGAUCACGUACAAAGACCUGCCUUUGCAGUCCAAGCCUUGA